GAAGAAAAGUACGGAAGAGCGUCUCAAGAUAUCGCGAUUGAUGAAGUAUUUCCCCGAUCAAAACGAACUGCAGAUGAGGCAGCGUCUGAAAGAAUUCAUGGAGUAUCAUAGGCGUGGACCCCAUCAAGGCUUUUGGCGUCUAAAAUCUGGCUGGACCAUACCAUCAGAUGCAGACAUGUUAAAGUCGGUAACCCCCGAGCAGGUGGUUUUGACUGAAAGUAUGCAGGUCGGACAACGCCAUUUGCAGGAUGCAGGCUACAGCCAAACUGCAGAUGCUGCCGACGGAGAGGACGAAACGAAGCUUUCAGUAGAGCAACAACUAGCUCCUUGGAUAACAACUAAAAAUUUCUUAUUUGCAACGCAAGCCAAGGCUAUGCUCCGACUUCACGGAGAGGGGGACCCCACGGGACGCGGCGAGGCCUUCAGUUUCAUUCGCAUAUCCAUGAAGGAUAUUUUUGUGAAGGCAGGAGAGGACUAUGAACAAAAAUUAGCUGAAGCGGAGAAUCGCCCAAAGUCUGCUCAUCGGUAUAAUGUCGCUGAGCAACAACAGAUAUAUAAAUCAGAGAUCGAACGGAUAUGGAAGGCUCAGUUUGAUUCAUUGAGUCGGAAAGAUGAGCCUGAAUUGACAGCAGAGGACGAGAGGAGAGACCGUGAAAGUCGUGAUACGAAGAAGCCGUUGCAUCGUCAAAACUCGAUAAGGACGGAAAACUUGCCGUAUUCUCCAGCCAUGUCCCCAAUGGCUGCAGGACCGCCAUUGUCCCCAGCUUUCAGCCGUGGAUCUUCACUGGAGAGGGAUCGGGAGAUGAGUAUGGGUCCAGAUGGAAACCGGAGGGUUCUAAGGAUUAAGCGCAAGGUCGACGAUGAAUGGCAGAUGGAAAUCAUCCGCGAGCCUGCUGUCAUACGUGCGUACAUUCGUGCACGACAGAAUCUUGAAGAGGAAGCUACGCUCGCAGACAGCCUUGCUCCAACAGGUGAUGCUGACAAGGACAAACGCGCUAAGAAAAGAUUGGAAGAGGAAAUUGCGCGGAUGAAGAAGAACCAAGAACGACGUUUGCAUCGUAAGAACGCAAAGAUCGUAAAAGAGGGAGGGACACCAAUGCAGCUUAAUCGCCCACUCAAACCGGAUACGACGAGACGCUGCGGACAUUGUGGCCAAAUGGGGCACAUGAAGACUAACCGCAAAUGCCCUCGCUGGGCUGAAUUCAACAGCGGCACGCCUCCCGUCCCCGCGACUCCGGCAUCAGCGACAAGUCCACCCCCUGUUACUCCCAGUCUUCCCAACUUGGGAUUUGCAAGAGGGUCCCAAAGCGCAUCGUUUGGAUUUGCAGCUGCCAUACCUUCCCCUCUUGUGACGAGCCCUCCAGUGUCCGCCAUGGAAGGUGUGGAUGGCGUGCCUGCGACGCCAUCAGGUUCUGCUCCAAAAAUAAAGCUGAUGCUGAAGAGAAAUUAAAGAAGUUAUUGGAGCACUCGUGCAUUUUAUAACCUUGUAUCAUUGCUUUUUCUGAUCGCAUUAUUGUAACAACAUCAAUGGGAACUGGUGGAAUAUAAUAAAAGCUAGUACAUGGUGUUAUCUAGUGUAAGUCGAAGUGGAGUGUCGAUCGAGACUGGGGGGCGCUGGGAGAGGGUUGAGGAAAAGCAACACACAGAUACGUCCAUGAAACUCAAAAACAGAAGACGUCUCCCUAAGCAGCGGCCAUCUUAACAUCUCGGGGGAUGGAAGCCAUCUCCUCAACUUUGGUCCGCACCGUGGGUGGAGGCGACCCAUACCACUUCUUAUAAUCCUGAUUGAUCAUAACGAGCAAAUUCCUAAUAAGCUCUGCAUGCUUCCUCCGCUCUUCCGGCGACACCCUCUCCUUAUUCGCGAGCCGGUCCAACUCGAUCUUGCCCACCUUCUUCGCAAGCUCAUCGCUCUCUGGCGACGCCGCCAUCGCGCGCAAGCUAGGCAAGACCGGAGACGAGUGCGCAGAGCUUGGUGUCGUCUCACGUGAUGAGGAUAGCGUCGAUGGGGAUCUCGGAACGGUUGCGAUUACGGGAGACGGCGAUCGGUACAUCUCCUUCAGGGAAGGAAGCGUGCACCGUCUAGUAUCGAAUUUGAGAGAAGGCAGUUUCAGAUCUGAAUCUUCGGGAUUGAGCAGGGGAUACAUCGACCCUCGAUUGCCUCCCGGCGACAACGUUGAUGACGACGCGGAGGUAGAGGUAAUGGAGAUGAGCUUCGCUGGAGGGCCCCGGUGCGGAAAUUUGGUCACUUGCGGUUCGAGCGUCGGACGCGUGGCACCGGAGUUUCCCAAGGGAAUGAUUGUGCGCAUCGCUUUGUUUGAAAAAUCUCGGGCUUCGAGCUGUACGGGGGGCGGUGCGCCGGGAGGUGGGCGUACCAUGUCCCAGUGAGGGUAAGAAUCUUCGAGUGAAGAAUGAUGAGGGGGCGUUGCAUUCGAAGGCGUCGAGUUCGGAGAAUACGGCGAUGUCGGAUCCAAGGGAGGCGUUGGAUGGAAGUGAUUGUGCGGCGAGGUAUAGUGAGAGGAGGUGAAGGGUGUAGACCGGGGAUGGACGAUGUGGUUGUAAUCGUGAGAGCUCAUCCUCUGUUGCUCAUGCAAAAAGUCGCUCGGGUAGGGAGGUUUAGGCGCCGAGUCGUGGAUGGGGGGGUAUAUGGAGGCGUGCUGGCUUAACUGGACGGAAGGAUGCGUAGAGCGGGUGACAGAAGGAGGGGACGGGUAAGCGUUUGCGGCGUACUGAUGAGAAGGCGUUGGGCCCUGAGAAUACGUAGAGUCGUGCGCGUAGGGGGUCCCUGGGCCGGGGAGACCUGGCAUGCCCGUCAAACCCAACUGCUCGAGACUGGCGGCAUCAAAGUAAGAUUGAGGGGAGAAGCGGGCGGAGUUUUCCUGUGACUGCUGCUGCUGUUGCUGCGGGUGCCGCUGACUGGAAUCAGUGACAU